AUGGCGCACGCCUUAUACCCAGCUCUGUCGUGCUUCGAAAUCAACCCAUUUCGGCCUACUCUUGGUCAAGAUCACUUUGCAUAUGUAACAAGGGAAGGCAACGAUGGUCGGUGGUCUACAUUCAACGUACAGAUAGGGAGACCAGCUCAAGUCGUCCGACUCCUUCCCGGAACCUCAGCCACCGCCGCGAACCAAGUCUGGGCCGUCCUCAACGAAGGAUGCACGCAAGCCAACCCGGACCUAGAUCUCAAAGACUGUAUCUCCUCCCGAGGCGGUGUCUUCAAGUCCAACGCAUCAACCUCAUGGACCACCGCCCGCCUAGAGAACGGCGGUCUCUACGAGAUCGAUCUGUUCGAAGAAAGCAAACUCGGCUUGUCAGCGAAUGCCUACUUCGGCUUCGACGAUGUCUCGUUCGGACUUCCCGGCGCUGGAGUUCCUACGCUGUCAAACCAGCUCGUCGCAGGCUUUGCCACCAACGACUUCUUUCUGGGUACGCUGCCGCUCAGUCCCAUCAGCCAGAACUUCACAUCCUACACCACGAAGUCGAUCCCCAGCGUGCUUGGGACGUUGCGGAAUAGCAGUAUCGCUCCCAGCACAACGUGGGCCUACACUGCCGGCGCGGUAUACAAGGAUCCUCCCGUCUUCGGCAGUGUGACCUUUGGCGGCUACGAUGCGAACCGGAUCGAUCUGAGGUACAACAGUGUCAGUGUGCCGUUCUGGACUGAUCCUUCUCGCGACUUACUGCUGGGUCUGCAGUCCAUCACGUACGACACCCUGGGCAGUUCUCCCCUGCUCACCGAUGGCAUCUACGUCUUCCUCGACUCCAUGGUAGCGCAAAUGUGGCUUCCCCUCCCCGUGUGUCAAGCCUUCGAGUCUGCAUUCGGGAUAGAAUGGGACAAUGUCACCGAGCUGUACACCGUCAGCGAGGCGACCCACACAAAACUCCUGGCCCAAAACCCUACCUUCGAGUUCACCGUCGGCGUCACGAAAGAACCACAGGGCAACGGCAUCACGUCUAUCAAGAUUCCUUACGCCGCAUUUGACCUCAACGUCAGCACGCCGUUCUACAACGAGAGCCGGCGGUAUUUCCCGUUGAAGAGGGCUCAGAACGAUGCGCAGUAUACUCUCGGGAGAGCAUUCUUGCAGGAAGCGUAUGUCAUUGCCGACUAUGACAGGCGGAAUUUCACGAUUGGGCAAGCAUUGUUUCCGACGACCGAAGAUCUGAAGGCCAUUCUGCCGCCCGGGGAGAUGAUCGAUCGACCAGGCUCCGGCUCUGGCCUCAGCAAAGGCGCGAUAGCAGGUAUCGCCGUCGGCGUGGUCGUACUCGUUGCAGCGUUACUUGUGUGCAUAUGGCUAUGGUGGCGCAAGAAGCAGCAGCGUGCCCGAGAACAGAAGUACAUGCUCACUACGCCGGACGAGAAGCCCAUCCAGGACGAAGACGACGUGCACAAGACAUCAGCGUCAGAACUCGAGCAUCAAGAUGUCCGAGAGCUGCGAGGCAACGACUGGUAUCCGGAGCUGAGAGGCGACGAGCGGCAUCCGGAGUUGUCUUCAUCGAAGACUCAUGAUCGAUCGGAGCUGGGAGGACAUGUGAAUGACGGAAAGUAUGAGUUGCCAGCAGGAGGGGAGAGAUAUGAGCUUAGCGCGGGGAGAGAUGCUGCAGCGGAAUUGGAGGCGAAGCGGUAG